ACUACUUCCUGUUUCUACACGGACCCGGAAGUUGUCCCGAUUCCGCGGGUCUUUUGGGACAACACAGCUCCGCACAACACUGUGCAGAAAUGGCGGAAGUAAAUACGAUGGAGAAGAAACUGGCUGAAUACAAGUGUGACACAAAUGAAGCUUUAUGCAUGAAGCUGGUUCGCUUCCCUGAGGAUGUUGAAGAUGACGGCACCACAUUCCACCCUGAGUACAGCCACCAACUCUUUGGAGAUGAUGAAGUCGCUUUUGGAUACAAAGGUCUUCAGAUACAACUCUUCUACACUGCAGGAAACCUGAGCACUCUCUUCAAAGUGAAAUACUCCUCAAAAGUCACUGAGAUGUUUGAUUGUGUAGAGUCUGACGAUAUUGAAGGGAAGAUCCGGGAAAUCGUUCCUGCUGGGUUCACCUGCAACACUGACGACUUCAUCUCACUGCUGGAGAAGGAGGCCAAUUUCAAGCCCUUCGGCACCCUGCUUCACACGUACACGGUCCACAGCGAGGAGGCUGGAGAACUCACUUACCAGAUCCACAAGGCUGACAUCACCUGCCCAGGAUUCCAAGAGUACCACGAGCGCCUGCAGACCUUCCUUAUGUGGUUCAUAGAGACUGCCAGCUUCAUCGAUGCCGACGACGAUCGCUGGGACUUCUUUCUUGUAUUUGAAAAGUACAAUAAGGAUGGGGAGACUCUCUACGCAACUGUUGGCUACAUGACAGUUUAUAAUUACUACGUGUACCCAGACAAAACCCGGCCACGUGUAAGCCAAAUGUUGAUCCUGCCUCCGUUCCAAGGAGAGGGUCACGGAGCUCAGCUUCUGGAGGCAGUUCACAGGUUUUACUGCAGCCUGCCCAAAGUUCAAGACAUUACAGCUGAAGACCCGUCCGAAAACUAUGUGAAACUCAGAGACUACGUGCUGGUCAAGCUUUGUCAAGGCAUGCCCUCCUUUGCAGAAGACAAGCUGCAUCUGGGUUUCUCCCCUGACAUGGUCAAAGAGUCGCAGGACAAGUUGAAAAUAAACAAGAAACAUGCAAGGCGAGUGUAUGAAAUCCUGCGUCUGAGAGCAACAGACAUGAGUGAUGAAGAGAAGGCGAGAGCGUACCGUCUGGAGGUGAAGAAGAGGUUAUUUGGACCAUAUAGGAAGAAUCAGAGGGAGCUGGCAAAGAUGAAGAAGUGCCUGCGGCCGGAGGAGCUGGUGUCCCACAUGGGUCAGAUGGACACUCAGACGCAGCACGAGGAGCUGGAGAAGAGCUAUCAGGUUGCUUUGGAAGACUACAGGCGAAUCAUUGAGAGGCUUGCGUCGCAGGCCUGAUCAGACUGUGAGCCCACCCCUCUCACCAGUACAGGUGGUCUGCUCUGUUUGUACAAAGUCCACAUCACCACAGACUUCAGCUGCAGCUAAGAAGAAACUCUCCUGAUGUAACAAAAAUCACAUUUUGAGUAGAAAAGUGUGUCAGAUGUAUUGUGGCUGAGACAGGUGUGUCAGUGACAGGUUCCUGUUCCCCAGCUGAUGUUCACACGGUAGAUGAGCAUGUUGCAGCUGGAGGGUGAGACUUCUGUUUGUCCCACAUGUUUCAUCACUUUGUGUGAGAUUUACUGAUAUGAAAUACUUCACAAGGUGAUAAGACGCUCCCACUGCCCCGCAGAGAAACCCUGCUUCUUUUCCAUCAUAGACAUUUUUUUAUGAUCUUUGUCAAAACAAUUCCCAGUGUGUGUUUUCAAGCACUUCAUACAGACAAUAAAACUUGGUUUUGUAUAUUG